AUGUCUGCCUCGAUGCUGUGGGCGGUGGACCUCUUUGGGCGCGUGUACACUCUGUCCACUGCUGGCCAGCACUGGGCGCCCUGCCAGGACACACAGCUGGAGUUCAGGCGGAUCAGCGCUGCGCGGGAAUGCUGCUGGGGCAUUGCUGCGGACAACCAGGUGUAUGUGUACGUAUGUUCCAGCGACGUCCCCAUCCGGCACCGUGAAGAGGCCUACGAGAACCAGCGCUGGAACCCCAUGGGCGGCUUCUGUGUGAAAUUGCUCCCGAGUGACCGCUGGCAAUGGAGUGAUGUGACCGGACUCCAGCACAGGCCGCUGGAUGGGGUGGCACUGCCCUCCCCUCACUGGGAGUGGGAGGCGGCUUGGUAUGUGGAUGAGAACUUUGCAGGGGAGCCCACUGAGAAAGAGGGGUGGACAUACGCCAUCGACUUCCCAGCCACCUACACCAAGGACAAGAAGUGGAACUCAUGCGUGCGGCGGCGGAAGUGGAUCCGCUACAGGAGAUACAAGUCUCAGGACGUUUGGGCCAAGAUCCCUUUGGAGGAUGACCCCAAGGAGCUGCCUGAUCCCUUCAAUGACCUCUCCGUGGGCGGCUGGGAGGUUACGGAUGAGCCUGUGGGCCGCCUGUCAGUGUGGGUUGUGUCUCUGCAGGGAAAGGUGUGGUACCGAGAGAAUGUCAGCCACUCCAAUCCCGAGGGCUCCUCCUGGUCCCUCGUGGACACCCCAGAGGACGUGGUCCAGAUCAGCUGCGGGCCCUGCGACCUCUUGUGGGCCACAGUCUCGGAAGGGAAGGCCCUAGUGCGAGAAGGCAUCAGCAGGCACAACCCCAAAGGGAGCUCCUGGUCCAUCGUCGAGGCCCCUGUGACUGAGAAUGGAAUCACACACAUUUCCGUGGGUGCCAGUGUGGUGUGGGCUGUGACCAAAGACCGGAAGGUGUGGUUCCGGAGAGGUGUCAGUUCGCACAGUCCCUGUGGCACCAGCUGGAUUGAGAUGGUUGGGGAAAUGGUGAUGGUGAACGUGGGACUCAAUGACCAGGUCUGGGGCAUCGCGGUCAAGGACCGGGAAAUGUACUUCCGGCAGGGCAUUACCCCCAGUGAGCUCAGCGGGAAGACGUGGAAGGCCAUCGUUGCUGGCCGAGAAUGUGACCAGUCACACUCGGGCGGCUCGUCCAGCGUCCUCAAUGCUGGCUGCUUCUUCGGUGAUGAGGUGAGGGGCAGUAGUGAGUACUGUGCCCCUAACGACGCCAGCACCCCUGCCGACUCUCCGGACAACCCCGGGAAUGACAAGGACCAACCAGCAGCCAAGGCAGAGGGGCAGGACAACACAGCCAAGGAACCAGGUGGGGACCCUCAGCCCAACCCAGACUCCCCGCCGGCUGUGCUGCCCUGGACCACCAUCGACCUGAAGGAGCCCCGGCAGGCGCCCGGCCUCCUCGAACCGGCCGUGGGGCUCCUGCCGCUGGGCCUGGAGGAGCCAUACCGCGACGAUGACCAGCUGCGCUGGGCCUGGGUGUCUGGAGGAGGCUGUGCCGUGGAGGCCCACAUGGCCCUCAAGUGGUUCUCUGCCCCUUCAGGCCUGGCCCCAGUGCAGACGCUGGGCCCCCCUGUGACGCUGGCCCAGGUCACCGCCUGGAGGAAGAAGAUUCUCAGCCAGCUCACCGAGAGGACCAGACGGGAGCUGGAGAACUUCCGGCACUACGAGCAGGCCGUGGAGCAGUCAGUGUGGGUGAAGACAGGGGCGCUGCAGUGGUGGUGUGACUGGAAGCCCCACAAGUGGGUGGACGUGCGCGUGGUCCUGGAGCAGUUCACGGGGAACGAUGGGGCGCAGGACAGCAUCCUCUUCAUCUACUACAUGGUCCAAGAGGAGAAGAAGUACCUCCACAUAUUCCUCAACGAAGUGACCGUGGUGGUUCCGAUCCUAUAUGAGGCCAAGCACUCCUUCGCCCUGUACACUCCAGAGAGGACCCAACAGAGGUGGCCUGUGCGCCUGGCAGCCCCCACGGAGCAGGAAAUGAACGACUGGCUGGCCCUGCUCAGCCUGUCCUGCUGUGAGAGCCGAAGGCUGCGUGGGUGCCCCUCCCCCCAGGCCAUCUGGUCUGUCACCUGCAAAGGGGACAUCUUUGUGAGCGAACCCAGUCACAACCUGGAGGCCCCGGAGCGCGCGCUGGCACUGCCUUGUGACCAGAUGUUCUGGCGGCAGAUAGGCGGUCACCUGAGAAUGGUGGAGGCCAGUGGGCAUGGUGUGGUGUGGGGCCUUGGCUACGACCACAAGGCCUGGGUGUACACAGGCGGCUAUGGCGGAGGCUACUUACAAGGUGUGGACAGCAGCACCAAUGUCUAUCCGCAGUCAGACAUAAAGUGCAUCUCUAUAUAUGAGAACCAGCGCUGGAACCCCAUCGCCGGCUACACCAGCAGGGGUCUGCCCACUGACCGGUACAUGUGGAGCGACGCCUCUGGGCUGCAGGAGCGGACCAAGGCCUGCACGAAGCCGCCCUCACCACAGUGGACCUGGGUCUCUGAGUGGUACGUGGACUUCAGUGUCCCCGGGGGCACCGAUCCGGACGGAUGGCAGUAUGCGACCGACUUCCCUUUCUCAUACCGGGGGAACAAGACCAAGAAGGACUUUGUGCGCAGACGCUGCUGGACUAGAAAAUGCAAGCUGGUGACCAGCGGGCCCUGGCUGGAGGUGAGCUCCACCACACUGAAGGACGUGUCCAUCAUCCCCAAGAGUCCAGGCGCCGAGGGCAGCAUUGCGCUGUGGGCCAUCAGUGACACCGGCGACGUGCUGUGCCGUCUGGGUGUGUCGGAGCUCAACCCUGCGGGUUUGUCCUGGCAGCACGUAAGCACCAACCAGCCCUUCAUCUGCAUCUCCGUGGGCGCCUGCUACCAGGUGUGGGCUGUGGCCCAUGACGGCUCCGCCUUCUACCGCGGCUCUGUGUCUCCCUCCCAGCCGGCUGGCGACUCCUGGUACCACGUCCCGUCUCCCCGGAAACAGCAUCUGAAGCAGGUGUCUGUGGGGUACACCUCCGUGUUUGCCUUGGACGAGAACGGCAACCUGUGGUAUCGCCAGGGCAUCGUCCCCAGUUACCCACAAGGCUCCAGCUGGGAGCACGUGUCCAACAACGUGCACCAGGUGUCCGUGGGGCCCCUGGACCAGGUCUGGGUCAUCGCCAACAAGGUGCAGGGAAGCCACAGCCUGAGCCGGGGGACCGUGUGCCAUCGCACAGGGGUGCAGCCCCGAGAGCCCAGUGGGCUGGGCUGGGACUUCGGCAUUGGGGGUGACUGGAAUCAUAUCUCUGUCCGGGCCAACGACAUCAGGGCCCCCAGGAGUACAACCCCACUGGAGACCGACAUGACCCCACAGGAGGUGACUGGGCUUGGAGGCGGUGGCAUGGGGCCCCUGCCCCGAGCACUGAGGGACCUGGUGUCUUCCAUGUGUUUGGGAGAGAGCAGGACCCAGGAUGAUGUAGGCCCCUGGGGACAGGAGAACAGCUCCGGGAAGUGGCCGAGUGUCCCGGAAACCUGGAGCCAUGAAGGCCGAAAGUCACCCCCAUGGGCUCAGGCCGGCGGGGCCAUGCUGGGCUGCCGGGGGGCCUAG